AGUAGAGCUUAAUUUUGGGGGUUUCUGUAGUUGCCAUCUUGAUAUGUUUUUGUAUCAAAUACUUGGAAGAUUAAUGGAAAAAAGAGCUUGAUUUUGGUAAGAAUUGGGGGAUCUAUGAAAGAGGAGAAUUGCUUUUAAGUUUGAGUAUUUUGGGACCUCGGCCCCUCCUUCUUAUCCCGCCUGAUAACUGUAGCUUGAUCUCAUCGAGUUGACGCCUGAAUUUGGCCCGAACUUCAAGGCCACAAGGAUUACGUUCUGCCCAAGCACGAGGGAGCUUCAGACUUCAACGACAUCGACAUAAACCCCAAGCCCACAAGACCGUCCAACAUACUCAAGAUGGCGGGCGGACACCACCGUAUGAUUGAACUCCUCCUUUACCAAUUGAUCUGACAAAUUCUAACAAUGUCUCCAGCAAUUGCGCUCGACCCGGCGAUGGUCAAAAUGAACAGUACUACCCCCCACUCGACAUCCAUACACGAACGAUUCUAAUUGAUACCUCCCAGAUGUGGUUACCAACAGAUACAAGUACUUCAGAUGGAAUGCACGAACUACGAGAAUCACUUUCGCAUACAUGUUUGCCUUCCCGGCGUUGGUCGGAUACAUUGCGUACAAAUACGAGGUAUGUUGUCAGAUGUUUGAAGAGUCAGAGUGGAAGAGUUAGCUUGGAAUAGAUGCUUAUGUUUGAAUAGGGAAAAUGGGAGAUGCGUGGAAAACGAAGGGGGGAUACCAUUGUUGAGUUUUAAAGUGGGAACAUUGAAGUGGAGGUUGUACAUAUUAAAGGA